AUGUUAGAUCAGAUUAUCAAUUUCCUGUGUUGCAAUGUGAGGGGACUCAAUGACUACAACGGGUGCAUUACUGUAAAUGAGAUUGUCGCGGCUACCACAUGUCAAAUUGUUUGCUUGCAGGAGACUAAGCUCGAAAGCAUUUCUCCAGCUGAUGCUUGCUUCUUGGGUGCCAACCGGCUCCACGGUUUCGCCGAACGCCCGGCUAUUGGCACUCGAGGUGGGAUCCUCCUACUCUGGGAUGACUCCAAGGUGCAGGUCACUGAUAUAGUGACCACUGAAUUCUGCCUCUCCGCAUCCGUCCACAUUUUCAACUCCGACCGCAACUUCAAGAUUACCACUGUGUAUGGCCCCACGGCUAGGAACGAAGUUGUCAAGGACUCUAGCACACACAAGGGCAGCCAAGUGAUAGACGAGGAGGACGAGACAAACUGCCCAGGAAAGCUGUACCCCAAAAGUGACGCGGAUGAAAUAGAGCGUAAAUGGCUACGUAGGUACAUCAAACAGCUUGGAGAAUACUCGGAUAUCUACAACGAGAUCAUGGCCCGGGAAGACGAUGAUGGCACCCCUUUCCCGCCCCAUCCUUUGAAAGUGUUCCCUCGCGCAACAGCUGAAUGCAUCCUCCGUGACAGCAACUGCUAUCAUAGAGUUUACAAGACCCAUGAUACUUCUGCCACUGCAUCAGCUCUUGGAUAUUGCACACCGAAAGAGAUGCUUCAAUUCUUUUCGGUGUGCUUAUCAAGCUCUGCGGCCUCCUACCCCAUUAGUGUGUAUGGAAUAUUUGCCGUUCGUGAUGAAUUGGACCCACGACGGAAUUAUAUAUUCAACUGUCCCAGAGAAGAUGCUGUCACAAUUGAGAAGCAGGAUUCCUUUGUCUUGCCUCUUUGUAGCCCUUGUCGAGGAAUGUAUGUACGGGAUCGUGCAUUACUAGAAGCUAAUCUUUGGGUAAAAGAGGGAGGGAAAGGAUCAGUUGACAAGCAGCUAUUUUCUGCAUAUGCUGAGAUAGAUAUACGUGCAGAAUACAAUUACAUGCUUCAUGUACGGAUUCCUAGCGAUGAUUGCAACUUGGACAUAAAAUGCAUGGCCCUUACACGAAGUGUGGAGACUGUAAUACAAGUCUAUGCAAAGGUUGGCCAUCCUUGUCAUGUGAGGUUCACUGCUUUCAGCACUUGCUAUGAUGAUUAUGAGAUUCUUAUUUUUGAUGGAAAAUUAUUUGGGAAUGAGAAACUAUUCCAGCAUGUCGUCACGGUGAAGGAAAAUGAAAAAUUGGAUGUUCUUUUGAAAGUAGAACAAUCACUGUUUCAGUGGACCUUUCAGGAUGAACAUGUUGGAGCUGUUUGUUCUCCUGAUGACUCGAUCUUCGCGUAUGGCCACUUUUUCGUAAGGGUGUUCUUUGCUCCAAAGGACUACCAAAGAAACUCACCUACAACAUUCUGACAUCCUCAGUUUGCUCAAACUAAUGAAAAUGAGUGUUGAAAUUGUAGUGUUUUACUCUCCUAACUUGUAGAAGAUCAUUUUCUCAUUGUGUAAGACUUACUGUGUUAUGAAACAUCAUCAAGUAUGAGUUGUGAUCUGUGGUUUAAAUAUGAGGAA